UUCUCGCCCAAUUUGACUCCCCUUCCCCCAUCUCAUCCACUUCACCCUGAAAUGCGCAGCAAUCCAGCCCGCGACUGAGACGAACCUCGCUCUCACGAACCAGCCAACCAGCCGUUACGAGAUCAUCCCACCGACACAUUCAACGUCUUGCGACCUCGUCUAUUUGUCGUCUUACAUCUUUCUACCCGACCCUGACGCCGCUUUUGCCCCUCCAUCCUCGUUAACUUCAGGGCCGAAAAGUUGGAAUCGAUCCCGAUCCUCGAACACCGCUCGCACUCUAUUGAAUUGUUUGGGGCUCCAGUACGGCCAUAACGAGCCCACCCUACCCAUCCAAACGCCGUCGCCGCCGUCCUUCACCCCAGGGACCCAGCUUUCUACAACCUCAAAACAACUCGGCGUCCUCGUUCUGGAGUCGAUUUCGACGGAGCCCCUUCGCUCCUCUACCUGUUCUUCGCCUUGACCGGAAGAAACCGAUCUCGCAUAACACAGCCCUUACUGGCCUCGCGAUAAUGUCGCCUUACACCAGCACCGGCGGUGGGCGUGCCCCCAACGUGUCUCGCUACCUGCGCGACCUCAAUACCGUCAAGGAGCCUGCCGCUGGCGAGGAGAACUUCACCUUCGAGGACGACCUCGCCAUUUUCACCAACACUCAGUUCUUCGACUUCGAAACCGGCCAGCACACCGAUUACCAGGCAUCGUCCAAGAAGCCCGAAACUGUCGAGCCCCAGGCUCCCUCUAGCGCCGUUACCGAAGAAUUGACCUCGCCCAUCGGAGAUUUCAACGUCGACUUUUCCAUGCCAGGCGAAUUCAACUUCCACGAUUUUACCAACCCCUACCCUGCCUCGGGCGUUCCGCCCUUCGCCGAAGGCCUGGGUAACCUUCAACCCCUCCAGCCCAACCCUCAAUCCACCUACGCGGCUCCUCCUGUCUCUCAGCAGCAGAACCACCACUAUGGCGCCCCUACACCGAGGGCCACCGAGACCAGAACCCCUGAAUCUUUGAACGGCGUUAGCAGACCUGGCCACAGCUUCGAGGAGCAGUCCCGCGUCGCUGCCGAGGAAGACAAGCGCAGGAGAAACACGGCCGCCUCUGCCAGGUUCCGCAUCAAGAAGAAGCAGCGCGAACAGGCCCUCGAGAAGAGCGCCAAGGAGAUGUCCGACAAGGUCUCCGCUCUCGAGCAGCGCAUCAACCUCCUCGAGACCGAGAACCGCUGGCUUAAGAACCUCGUCAUGGAGAAAAACGAGGGCAACGAAGACAUCGCCUCCAUGCUCAAAGAGUUCCAGAACAAGCAACCAAAGUCGACUGCGGCAUCUUCGGGCUCUGUGAAGGCGGAGGAGGCAAAGUAGGCUGGGGGAAGACUUGGUCAUUUCUCGGAGGCAUUCCCCUCCUGACUAACGCCUGUAUGCAAUGCGUUUCAUGUUCAAGACAUAGGGGUUUUCUGGUACCAGAUGGAGUUUGAUACCGUGGAUGGACGACGAGACUUAUUGUGGGUUGGGGUCGUGGACGGGAGACGAGGGGUGUGACGAACGGGCGGGUUUCUUGAGCGUCUUUUGUUUUUGUUGACCGGCACACAUGUGAUGAGAUUUCAGACAUAUACCUGCACGAACUCAUGAUUGGGGACCGUGAUAGAGUAUAUCACAGCAAUGACUUAUAUCGAUGGGUUUGU